CCCUAAUAUUGAGGCCUUUGGGGAAAUACAGAAUUUGGGUAAGACCUUGUCCCUCCCUCUUGCUUGGGAAGGUAAAAUGUUAUCAUAGAGUGAAAUAACUCUAUAAAACAGACAUAUAUCUAUAUAAAUGUUCAUAUUUGAGCUGAAAAAUUCUAGCAAAGUCAGAGGUUAGUGAGAAGAAAGGUCAUAAGUACCUGGGGAGAGGAGUGGAACUCAAAAAAGGCUUUCUUGAGAUGUCAUUCAGGCUGGGCCUUAAAUGAUAGGCACUUGACAGAUAGAGGAAGGGUAUUGGGACAUUCCAGGCAUCAGGAAGAACUUUGGAAUAGUGUGAGAUAUACAUGUGGUAGUGGGUUUAUUCAAGUUUUGCUGGAGUAAAUGGUGAACGGAGGAAUGUGAGAUAUAGCUGGAAAUACAGGGUGGUACUAGAAGAAGAGCCAGGCACAGGAGUUUAAAUUAACCAUUGCAGCAAUUAUUUGGGGCAAUGUGGUAUAAGAUUAGGAAGUAUUGACUUACUCUCCUUUCUUCCUACCCUAUUAUAAUGCACCAUAAUGGCACCCUGCCAAAUCCUCAUGACACAAAUUAGGCCGUAUGACAUAGCAGGCUACAUGCAAUUUAUGAACCAGUCAUGGGAACAUUGCAUAGAACCUGUCUGUCAUGACAGUUAAGUUAUACAUAUUGGUAUUGGAUAUGCAAGUGGGAUCUCAAGAUUCCCCCCAAAAUAAGUACUAAUUCACUCCCUUUAUCUGCACCCUUCCCUGCUGCCACCUUCCUCCCCAUCAAUGUAGAAAUCACAAUAAAUAGAAUAUAUAGAAAGGGAAAAGGUCUAAAUGAGAGUCUAAUAACUAUGUAUCCACACUUAAAGCCUCUAAUAUCUCUUGUGUAUCAAUUUAUCUAAUUGGGAAAAAAAUGCGGGAUGAGCUGGAAUAUAAUUUACUAAACAUGGGUCCAAUGUGAUUCAUUAGGGACUUCUUUUAAUAAUCAUUUAGGAUUUUUGGAAAACCUUGUUAAUCUUCACGUUGUCCUCAGUGUCGAUUUUCAUGCGUCUCUGGGAACUCUAAAAGUUCCGGUUGAGGUGGAAGGAAAAGUUACAAUCAAGCCGGUCAGAUCCAACAACAUUCGUGAGUGGUCUAAGCAAGUAAUCCUUUCUGACCCACUGUUCUAGUCCUACGUUUUGGCUGUUUAUUUAAAACAAAACAAAACCAAACAAAACAAAAAACAACGUCAACCAGACCUUGCUUAUUGGGGAGCUACAGCGGGCUACCAAGUGUGAAGCGGCUCAAGGGCUAGUUCAGUCUGGUCCACUUUAAGGCUGGGCCAGGCGCACAAGCCCACAGCUGGGAAGGCACGAGUCAUUUGGCGCAGCAGCAGCAGCAGCAGCAGCAGCAGAAGCAGAGCGGCCACACCCUGGAGGUUUGGUGGUCAAGGUGGGAGAGACAGAGGUAGAGACCGCCUUCUGCUUGGGUUUCCUCGAGGUAGUGGCGCUUCCUGGGCUCUCAGCAGCACGUGGGGAGCGGGGUUAUGGCGGAUUCAAUUACGAGCGCUGAUCACUACCGCGUCUUUGACAAGGCAGAAAUUGACCUCUUAUUAGUUGGAGAUGUUGCUGUUGGGACCCUGGCUGAUAUUAUACAGAGAUUAUUUUCAAAUACAGCUGAAAUCACAAUCACCAUUAGUGAUGUGAAGAAUGCUUUGAUCUUUUUGGAUGAUUUUACAUUCAACAUGAUUUUCCUGAAGAUGAAUUCAUUGCCAACUACAGAGGAACUAGAAGCGAUCAAAUUAAUUAGAUUUGGCAAAAAGAAAAACACACACUUGCUGUUUGUUUUUAUAAUCCCUGAAAAUUUUGAAGAUUGCAUUUCAGGCCACGGAGCAGAUAUUAUUUUAACAGAACCAUUAACAAUGGAAAAAAUGAGUAUUGUACUAAAUUAUUGGAAAACCUUCUUCUCAAAAACUGCUCAGAUUGAAAAUGUAAUCAGAAGAGAAGGCUUCAGACCAUCCCAACAGAGAUCUUUUAAUGAAACCCCAAGAGAUGGUUCCACUGAUCUAGACCCUCACAGUUCCACUUCAUUAGGAGACAGUCCUGGAGUUGGACAAAAAGCUUCAUUAUCUGAUUCCAGGAAAAGCAAAAAGAUUUCUCUUCUUCAUUCAAGCAAAGAAAAGCUAAGGAGAGAACGAAUCAAAGAAUGCUGUGAGCAGCUGCGAACACUCUUGCCAUAUAUAAAGGGGAGGAAGAAUGAUGCUGCUUCAGUUCUUGAGGCAACAGUUGAUUAUGUGAAGUGUAUCCGAGAGAGAAUCCCUCCAGCUAUCAUGGUUCAGAUAACAAAGGUGCUUCAAAGCAACAGGAGGUUUUGUAAAAGGCAACCGGUAGCCAGCCAGCCAUUCCUCCCAAGUACUGUCAUGACACAAAGGGAAGGUAAUGAGGUGACAAGUAUGCAGUCACCUGUGAAAGAGAUCAGAUUCCUGGCUAAUAAGUGCUUGAAUGUGUAUUCUCUUCCUGCUUCAGAGUGCCCAUUGGAUGAAGCUUUAAAAGGUCAUUCUAGCUCCACUUCCCAAAAUGCUGCUGGUGAUAUGUAUAAGAUUAUUCCCACUGAAAUGCUUUCUCUUAAUUCUUUACAUACUGAUCAUUCUGUCAGAUACUAUGCCAAAGUUGCUCCUUCUUAUGAAGCAGCUACACUAACAAAUCAGAGCUUUUCAAUUAAUUUUUCAUCUGUUUUGCCAAAAGUCUCAAGAUUUCCUUCUCACUACUACAGCUCUGCUUUGGGUCAGGCCUGUCCACAACAUCACAAAUGCCUGCAUCAAUCUUUGGCAUGUUAAGGGAGCCUUCUUGAACUCCUUAUUUUUUGGUAAGCUUGUAGUCGUGAAACAACAGCCACAUUUCAACAAUUUAUGAGGAGCAACCCAAAUAGUAAUCCUGAAGUCAACACCCAAGUACUGAAUUCUAAGGCAUUUGGAUUGUAUUGCUCCAGGAAAGUCCCUAGUGCGUCACAUAUCAGAAGACAGGCACAGAGGUGUGCCUCUUACAUCUUUUCCAUACUCAUCUUCAGAUAUCUUUGCUUUUCACUAUGAUAUAACUCAUCCAGACAACUCUAAGACAGAUGAAAAAAAAUGGUGGCUUGUGCCAGCUAAGCCGUAUUUCUUUAAAGAGAAAAGAUUUAAUUGAUAAGAGGGAGAAAUCACAAAAAUACAAAAGCCAAGUUGAGAAUAUUGAUAAGGUGCCAGGAGUGGUAGCAUAAAAAGCUAGAGAGCAUUGGCAGACCUAGGAUUAUUGAACAUAAAUAUUGUAACUGGUUAAAUUGCACUGUGUAUCAAUAUUCCUUUUCCAUGGGUAAUAUAAGAUGCCUUAUAUUUGAUCCUCCAAAAUUCCUUCCACUUCUAACAUUGUAAUACAAUCAGUGUAGUGGCUAGAGCUCAAUUAGCAUAAGUGAUAUGAAAUAUCUAUGACUGUCUGGGGAGUGACAUACCUUCACACCUUGUUGAAAAUCAGUACAACUCAUGCUAUCUGAAUUCCAGUAGCACUAGUUUUUCUAGGUUGAGCAAUUCAGAAAUUCUUCUUUGUCCAAAAUAAGACAUUAACUGAGAAAUGUAUUUCUUUCACCUUUGACUAUUAUAUAUGUAAUUUCAAAUGUGUUCAGUUUUGUACUUAAUCAUACCUUUUGUGAAAUGAUAGUGAGGUAGUAAUUGCCUUUCUCAUUCUUAUGCCAAAGCCUAGUGCUGUUUUGAUUUUCUUUGUUUUUGUCUCUUCACUCUAAACUCAAAUGUUGAAAUGAAGAGGUAGAAAAGAGUUUGUUUUUAAUUUCACUGAAGUAUUUCUAUUCCUGAUAUACAGUAUACUUGUUAUUACUAAAGAAAAAUUCAGUGUGAACUCCAUAGUAAAAUAAUCUAGAACCUUUAGUGAAUAAGGAUUCCUUCAUUAUGAAGCACUAUGAAGUAAAUAAAAUUUAUUUUACUUUUGUGAAAAAUUUAAAAAAAGAUUUUAAAAAUAACCUAAUUUUAAUACUUAUGUUAUACAGUUUUUCUUGGAAAAAAAACUCAAAUGAUGGAAUCAACAAACAUCUGACAAAUGAUGUAUGCUUACUGAGAAAACAGUAAACAAUGUAAAGUUUAUUGAUGAGUACAAGAAUAGUUUUGCAAUAUAUAUCCAAAGUUGAAAGCAAUCAACUUUCAGAAUGAAGUGUUGUUGGAAUUUCAGGGAAACUUUGUUGGGACAUCCUAUUUCUAGUUUCUGAUUCCUGUCCUAUAACAUAGGAUUGAUUGUGACACUUCUUGCUGUCAAAAAUUUUGUUUGGGAGUUUAGUUCUCUUCAGUGUACCAAAGUGAACAGCCUAAGGUUCAUAAUUCCAUUAACAGGAAAAAUAAGGUCAAAAUAUGACUUCUGUGAAAUCCCAAUAGGCUUCCUGUGCUCUCAACCCCAUGUUUUCUCUACAGCUGCUCUUAAUGGAGAAAAUUUCCAACCAUUCAUUAUCUCAGCUCUAAUUCAACAAGCCAGAGUCAUUACUGUGAGUUUUAACAGUGUGUACACAUCAUUUUGUCCUAUUGGGAUUUCAGGAUAAUGAAUUCUAUUGCUCUGAAUUAAAAAUAUCAUCCCAGCAAAUAGGCCUGUAGACCUCUACCCAUGAAGAGAAAUGUUUUUCUAUAAAAAAUAAAAACAUUAUUAAAUGAUAAUUUCCUUUAAACAAUAAAAAAUACAUGAUAAUAUUGCCUAAAAAGAAAGCAAAGCUAUAGUCUUUAAGAUUUAAUUUUUUUUCCUGCAUGUGAUCAUUGCUUCUUCUCACUGCCAAAUCACUAGAUUUGGACAAAAGCAUCUGGCAAAAAAAGGAAGCAACACACACUCGGUCUGCUUUCAACUUUCUGAACUUAUCAGAUCUCUGGCUGACAUAAUGGCUAUAUAUGUCUAUUCAAUAGAACUAGGUUAUAUCAUUUUUAUUCUUUACAACUCAUAAAACUCCUUUUGACUAGAAUACUCAGGAUUUCUCUUCCAGGCAUCAAUUUUCAGAUGUGCCAUAUGCAUGAUGUUAGUUGUAAUAUCAUUUGCUACAUUAUAAUACUGGAAUAAAAGUUUAAUAAUAUG